GUCGAUCUCCAUGUCAACUUUACGUUCAUGUGUUCUGUUCCCAGCCUGAUUUGAGAAAUUAGAGUCGCAUUAUUUCACUAAUUUGCUCUUCAAAUUGUUUCUUAUUUUUGUGUCAUGUAAUAAGGUUGUUAUUAAUUUUCGAAGUAGGUGAAUCAUGUCAAUAAUUGUAAAAUCUUUGCGAGAACUUUGCCAGAAAAAUGUUUCUGCAUUUUUGCUCCUGAAUAACCUCCGAACAGUCGAAAAUCUCCGUCGAUUAAACCGAAACAACUUGUCGAUUAUAAACCGGUUAAGAUCCACUUUAGGACAGUCUUUUGUACUGGUUCAGGAUGGGAUUGAAAUAACCGAACUUCCUUGGGUGGUGAAACGCCUGGGUCCCUCUGAAUUUAUGUUGAAUGGAAAGUUCAACGUUGAGAAUGCCCCGUACGAUUCUAACGAGUUGAGACUGCACGAUGAUCAUGACCUGGCCUUUGCUCGCAUGCUUCAGGAGUGUAACAGUGUUAAACAGGUGUUCCAGCUAUUAGAGGUUCCAGGGGAAACGGUGACAUCCCAGUCGGCCGCAUUUGCACUCUGCAGGAUCUGCUCCCUGAAGAACAAGGGUGGCACGGAGGACAUAGAUUCCUUCAUCAGGAAGGCCAUCCUCAAUGAAUUGUGUGAUACUGUUGUGAAGGAUAUCAAGCACCUGCCUAAUCAGACACUGAUCUCUCUUGUCAGAUGCUGUGUAAGUGUGAACAAUUAUGAACAGUCGUUCAUCGAAAGUGUUAACGAGGAAGUAGAACGAAGGAUUGGUUCAUCAACGUUCACAGUUAGUGACCUCUGUGAACUGAUCACGUGCAUGUCUGAAAGUGUUCGUAGCGAUGUGAACACCCUGAAAAUGUGCUGGAUUCAUCUUGGAAUGAAGUUUAAUGACAUUAAUGAGAAAAAUAUUGUGGAGGUUUUCCAGGUUUUGAGAAACAUAACGCCAGAGUUUCGCUACAUGCUCAGACUGGCUGACAAGCAACUUCAAACUUGUUGGUGGAAGUUAGUUGCAAAGGACAUUUCAUCGAUCUGCAAGAACCUCUGCCUGUUAAAUUUCUACAGUGGUCGAACCCUAUCAUCCUUUGGCAAGUGGAUGUAUGCAAAUGUUCACACACUAGACGACGAUUCAAUGAAACACAUUCUAGGGAUGUACUCCCAUUUUAAUUAUUCCGAUUCAAAUGUCAUCACGUCUCUGGAAAAGUUCAUCAGUGCAUUCUCUCGUCGAACAGCUCGUGGAAAAAACCCACCAGAUUUGUUGAACAGAGUUUUAAUGUCUAUGGCGGCCAAUUUCUGUAAGCGAAGAAGGCUCAUCUCAACCUCCAUCUUGGAUUCCAUUGCAGCUGAUUUUACACUGGUGCAUCAGUCUGGCUAUGAUUUGAGAGAAGGCCUAUCAGUAUUGAAAUCGUUUGGUCAGCUCGGCUACAUCCCUUCUUCGACAUCGUCGUCCGAAUUUUUCUCGGCGGCCGAGCACUGGACCCAGCAGAAACUGAAUAGAAUUCCUUUUAGUGAUUUACUAGAGUUGCUGGCUUCGUUUGUCUACAUAGAAAGAUUUCCUGUAAAUUUUGUUGACCGAGUUCUUAACGCUCAAAUAAAAGAUCCAAUAGUCAGACAGAGAGCCUGCAGACAUUUGCUCGAGAUUCAGGCUUCGUAUUUGUUGGAGUUCCCGACGAGAAGAUAUCUAUCAUUAUUUGAGAAGGAUGCUCUCAAGAUAUCGCUAACUUGGAUGGAUGGAAGGCUGUAUAAAUUUCACAAGGAUGUUGGUGCACUGUUAAAGGAUUUGCUGGUAUCAGAUAUUGCUAACGAGUGUCAAAUACCUAGGAAUACCCCCCACCUGAUUAAUUAUGAGUUGAUGAUAGAUGCCCAUGAGAACGUCGCUGGCAGGGAUUCAUUUGCUAGAACUGGGGAUGGAAGAGUCGCUCUAUUGCUAAUGAUGCCAGAAUGUUAUUCAAAUGGCUGGGUUCUUAUGGGUGAAUUUAGCAUGAAGAGGAGGCAUUUGGUUAAACUGGGUUACGCCGUUGUUAUGGUGCAGUACGAGCUAUUUUCAUGGAAGAACAGAUCCACAACUGAAAAAAUUAACUAUUUAAAAUCACUACUAACUCCUUACGUUAAGUUAAAAUAAUAAUUAUUACUUAAAUUAAUUGGUUAGUGUUAUUUAUAUUUAAGCUGUUGUUUAAUUAUAUGUCAUAUAGGUGUCUUGUACAUUUUGACUGAAUGUAUAUUUCGUGUGUGUGUGCGUGUGUAUGUAUGUGUGCGUGCGUGUAUUAUACACACUUCAACAAUCAUUUAGUAAUUUCCAAAGUAAUUUCUUGCCUUUUUGGAAAAAAUAUUUGGAAUUUUUUGCAAUUAAAUUUUCAAUACACGUGA